AGUUUUGAGAAAUAUAUGCCUUUUGAUAUGGCAUUUACGCAAGCUGUGUUGUUUGUUGCCAUCAGAAAACUCUAGUGAAGGAGAUUUUGUGCUGGAUUCUUGGAUUAUGACUAAUUUGUGAAGCUAAAGAUGUCUGCACCAAGUCCAAACCCAGGGAGUGCGGCCUCCCCCAUGGGUCCUCCGCAGCAGGCUCUGUCACCCAUGCCUCCCCCCCAGGCCACUUCCCCUGCUGUGGGUCCUCCUCAAGCACCCUCACCCAUGGGACCCCCUCAGGCCCCUUCACCCAUGGGACCCCCAGUGAUGUCUCCUGGACCUAGUGCUCCCCCUAACCAGCCAGGCCCACCAGGGGCACCCAACACAUCAAUGCCUCCACAGGGUCCUAGUCCUCACCACCCAUACCCUCAGGGGCCACAGGGAACACAGGGGUGGCAGCAACCACCAGGUCCCUACCCAAACAGUUAUCAGCCACAGCCACAGCAGCAGCAAGGGCCUCCCAUGGGUCCUGGCUCACACCAUCCUCCACAGGGUCCACCUAGUGGCCCUCCAACAUCAGGAUUGCCCCCACCAACCUCAGGGGGCCCUAAUGGACCAAGUCCCAGUGGGGGGAGCUUCCAGCAGGAAAACUUGAAUGCUCUCCAGAAGGCCAUCAACACUAUGGAGGACAAGGGACUUCAGAAUGACCCCAGAUACACAGACCUGGUCAACAUGCGUGCUAAGUAUGGAAACAUGGGUCCGCCUCCACCUGGUAGCUCUAGCAGUGUCACUUCUGGUGCACCCACAGGACCACCAAGUGGACCAACUUAUGGGCCUCCCAGUGUUGUCGGGCCUGAGGGGCAAAGGCCAGGACUCCUGAACCCACCUCAGAUGCACCAGCUCCGAGCACAGAUCAUGGCUUAUCGCUUCAUUGCACGAAAUCAGCCAGUCCCCACUCAUAUUACUACCUUGAUUCAUGGGCGUCGUCCAGACCAGGACCCCACUCGGCCUCCUGGGCCUCCUGGACCCCCUGGUCCACCUGUAACUCCAUCUGGCCCACCAUCUGGACCACCAAGUGGUCCUCCAGCAGGUCCCCCAUCAGCUCCAACAUCAGGACCACCAGUGUCCACAGGACCCCCUGUCCCCACAGGUCCUCCAGGACCCCAAGGCCCACCAGGACUCCCUCAUAGCAUGCAGUACCCAAGACAUGCAGCACCAGGACCAAUGCCAUCAGUACGGCCACCAUACAACGGCACAGAUCCCUCCCAGACCCCUCCACCUCCACCAAGUGUUAUGACAAGCCAGCCAGGACCUGGGCCUAUGCCAGGAACAACACCAAGGCCACAGGGUCCACAGCCUGCUCCAGGUGCUACACCAGUCCCUGUUGUUCCUGGAAAGACUAGUCGUGUCACACCAGUUACAAAGCCUAGUGGUAUUGACCCACUGGUGCUGUUGCAGGAGAGAGAAAAUAGAUUAGAAGGUUACCGUAAGCUCAUUGACGAAAAGAAGGAUAAGCGUCUUGCCUACCUCCUCACGCAGACCGAUGAGUUCAUAGCCAACCUGACUGAGAUGGUCAAGGCUCACAAGGAAGAUCAGCGUCUCAAGCACAAAGAGGAGAGAAAGAAAGCACGCGAAGAGAGGCGGCGAGCAAGAGAGGUGUCUGGUGCUGAAGGGGAAGAUCCUCAACAGACACGUAUCCCUGUUAUUGAGACUGCCACGGGAGCAAUAAUGAGUGGUAUGCAAGCACCAACAGCAGCAACCCUGGAGGUAUUCUUGGCCUCCAACCCUGGCUGGGAGGUGCUGCCUGAAGAGGACACAGAGUCAUCUGAUGAAGAGGAAGAGAAGGAGGAGAAUGAAGCAGAGAAGAAGGAAGAGAAGGAGAAGGAGAAGGCACCUGAAGGGGAAACUAAGCCAGAUGUCAAGAAAGUGGAGGAUGAUGAAUACAGGGAUGUCACAGGAGAAAAGAACUACUAUUCCAUUGCACAUACCAUCAAGGAAACAGUCAAAGAGCAAGCCACUAUCAUGGUCAAUGGCAAGCUCAAGGAAUAUCAAAUCAAGGGUCUGGAGUGGCUAGUAUCCUUGUACAACAAUAACCUGAAUGGUAUUCUGGCUGACGAAAUGGGUCUAGGUAAGACCAUUCAGACCAUUGGCCUUAUCACGUACCUGAUUGAAACCAAGAAAAAUAAUGGGCCAUACCUUAUUAUUGUCCCUCUCUCCACCAUCUCCAAUUGGGCCCUUGAGUUUGACAAGUGGGCCCCAACUGUACAGGUGGUUGUGUACAAAGGCUCACCCCAAGUGCGCCGCAUUGUCCAAAGUCAGAUGAGAGCCACAAAGCUGAAUGUCCUGCUCACUACUUACGAGUACAUUAUCAAGGAUAAGGCUGUGCUCUCCAAACUCCGCUGGAAGUACAUGAUUAUUGAUGAAGGUCACAGAAUGAAAAACCAUCAUUGUAAACUGACACAGACACUCAACACAUUCUACAAUGCACCACACCGUCUGCUGCUCACCGGAACACCUCUUCAAAACAAGCUGCCAGAAUUGUGGGCUCUCCUCAACUUCCUCCUGCCAUCUAUCUUCAAGUCUUGCUCCACCUUUGAGCAGUGGUUUAAUGCCCCCUUUGCUACGACUGGUGAGAAGGUGGAACUGAAUGAAGAAGAAACCAUUUUGAUUAUUCGUCGCUUGCACAAGGUCCUUAGACCAUUCUUGCUGAGAAGAUUAAAGAAGGAGGUAGAAGCACAGCUUCCUGACAAGGUUGAAUACAUAAUCAAAUGCGAGAUGUCUGGGCUGCAACACGUUCUGUAUAGACACAUGCAGUCAAAGGGUGUCUUGUUGUGCGCAGAGGAUAAGAAGGGUAACAAGAGCAACACCAAGGCACUCAUGAACACUAUCAUGCAGCUGCGUAAAUUGUGUAACCACCCCUUCAUGUUCCAGCACAUUGAGGAAGCAUAUUGCAAUCAUAUUGGUUUUGCUGGUGGCAUUGUGCAGGGACCUGACCUGUACCGAGCAUCUGGCAAGUUUGAACUCCUUGACCGUAUUUUACCUAAGCUGAAGGCCACCGGUCAUCGUGUACUCCUCUUCUGUCAGAUGACCCAGCUCAUGACAAUCAUGGAGGACUACCUCAUGUUCAAGGGAUUCAAGUACCUGAGACUUGAUGGCAUGACGAAGUCAGAAGAUCGAGGAGAGCUUUUGAGACUAUUUAAUGAGUCUCGGGAGUUCUUCCUGUUCUUGCUCUCCACUCGAGCUGGUGGUCUAGGUCUCAACCUUCAGUCUGCUGACACUGUAAUCAUUUUCGACUCUGAUUGGAAUCCUCAUCAGGAUCUCCAGGCCCAGGAUCGAGCCCAUCGUAUCGGCCAAAAGAAUGAGGUGAGAUUUUUUUGUUGUGAAGAAGAUGAAGCCCCAGAUGAUGAGACAGUGAACCAGAUGAUUGCUCGUGGUGAAGAGGAGUUUGAAAUCUUCCAAAAGCUGGAUACUGAAAGGAGGGUGACAGAAGACAAGCCUCGCCUCAUGGCUGAAGAUGAACUGCCAGAAUGGAUGUUGAAGGAGGAAGAUACGGAAGAAGAGGAAGAAGAAGAGCAAGAGGAGCUGGGAGACCGCCGAGCCCGAACCAAGAAGGAGGUGGAUUAUUCAGACAGCCUGACAGAGAAGGAGUGGUUGCGAGCUAUUGGGGCAAUGGAGAAUGAUGAUGAAGAGGAGGCCAAUGGCAGCAAGAGCAAGCGCGGUUCCAAGGGCAAGCGGAGGAGGAUCGAUGACGACGAUGACGACCCCAAGCCCAAGAAACGAGGUCGACCGGCGAGGGAGAAACCGGGCCCCAAGAACAAACGCCUGAUCAAGCAGCUCAAGCGUCUGAUGGACAUAGUCAUCAAAUACGAGGACAGGGAUGCUACAAAAGAGACCUUAUGUUUGAUCCCUUUUGCCAAGAAGCACGUCUUACUGCUGGCUGAAGUAACUACCAAAUGCAUGAUUUUUCAGGCAAUGGAGAAUGAUGAUGAAGAGGAGGCCAAUGGCAGCAAGAGCAAGCGCGGUUCCAAGGGCAAGCGGAGGAGGAUCGAUGACGACGAUGACGACCCCAAGCCCAAGAAACGAGGUCGACCGGCGAGGGAGAAACCGGGCCCCAAGAACAAACGCCUGAUCAAGCAGCUCAAGCGUCUGAUGGACAUAGUCAUCAAAUACGAGGACAGUGAUGGAAGGGUGCUGAGUGAGCCCUUCAUGAAGCUGCCUUCACGUCGGGAGCUUCCAGACUACUACGAGGUGAUCAAGAGGCCCAUGGAUAUUCGCAAGAUACUCAACAAGAUAGAGGAAGGAAGGUAUGAAGACUUGAAUGACGUAGAGAGCGAUUUCAUGCUUCUGUGCCGCAAUGCUCAGGAAUAUAACGAAGAAGCAUCAAUCAUUUAUGAAGACUCCAUAGUCAUGCAGAGUGUGUUCCUCAAUGCCCGUGAACGCAUUGAGACAGAGGCUGAUAACCUCCCGGAGGAAGAAGAUGAUGACGAUGAUGAGGAAGAGGAGGAGGAAGUAAGGCCCAAGAAGGGAAAGAAAAGCAAAGGAGACAAGGGGAGAGGACGAAAGAAAAGAGUGAAAUAUGCCGAUGAUUCAGAUGAUGAUGAUGAUGAUGAUGACGAUGACUGAAGUGAUCAAGUGUCAUCAGGUUGCAGAUGCAAGAAAGGAGUAUGAGAAAAAAAGAUUCGGGGGAAGAUCUCUUUUAUGGGUGAAAUUGUUCAAAUUUGCCAUCACUUGAAGUAGACCAGUUGUAUGAAGAUUUAUGUUCAAGAGAAAUGCAUUUAUCAGUUCAAUUUGGAAUGCAACUUGCAACCAUCAAGGUUGCCUGUGUAGAAUAUGAUUUUUUUUUCUAAGGAAAUGCACCUUCAAAUAUUUUUUUAAGGCAUUGGGACUUGCCAGUGGCAUUAAAAAUUAAAUGUAAUAAUAACAGAUUUCUGUUAAUUCAUGUAGCAAAGGUAUAGGUUAGAGACAUCUAUUGCUUCUAAAGAUAGUGUCAGGAAAGUCAGGUGCAGAAAUGCUUUCAUGAUGACUAGUAAAGUUUCUGUAUAUUUCAUGCUGUCACAGUAGACAGUCAGGGAUAAUAAAUAAUUUUACUGGUGUUUUUAUGUUUAAAUUAAUUAGACUGAAUAAGAGAAGGUAGAAAAGGGUGAAUAAAAAGUGUAAGAAACUGAU